ACUGACUGAUGUUUGUAGUCCCUAAUAGCAGGAGCAGAGGAAAACCGUAAUUACAAUGCGAUCACUCAAAUACCUGAAGAUGGUGUCCCUGAAGAACCUGUUCAACCAGUUUUACACGAGACAAGGGAUACAGAAGAAAAUCUAGAUGUCCAGGGCACGUUGGGUAGCAUCAUGAUGUUCUUGAUGCGGCAGAGUUAUAUAGCUGCGCUUAUUAUUAUGAUGGCCUGGAGCAUCACAUACCAUUCAUGGCUGACAUUCGUUCUGUUACUCUGGGCUUGUCUGAUAUGGAUCACACCAUUUGCUCGUUGGUUCUGCAUGGUGUCUUCCCCAGGUCUGGUCCUGUAUGCUGAGUUUCUUCUCCUUGUUCAGUAUGUCUAUGGGCUGAGACUGAAGGACAGCGAACUGCCCAUUCAGGACUCUACUGGGACAUUUGAUUAUGCUGAGCUAGGGCUGAAGAAAUGGAGGUAUCCCUGCCUUCAUCUUGGAGCACAGACUCUCUUCACAUGGAUAUUCUGGUUAACCCUGCGCCAACACAUACGUGAAAAGAAGAUAAAGAAAAGAGCAAGAAAUGCUACCCAAAGUGGCAUCCCUCUGACCAGUUUAGCACAUCCAUUUGUUCAGGCUUUGAGGAAGAUGACUUCCCUGGACCCAACAUCUAGUUCAAGUCCACCAGAUGAUGUUGACGGCAUGGAUGCUAGAGCUUCUGAUGAUGCCAAAGCAUUAAUGCUAUGGGUCAAGUCUGUACUAGCCAAGUACUGGAUAUUACUCUGCUGCGGAGCAUUCCUAUUGGUUGGUUUACAAAAUGAAGUAUCUGUCUAUCAAAUUGGUUACAUGGCCAUAUUCCUCUUUAUACUCAUAUGCUACCAGAUUUCACUGUCAACAUGGCGCAUUGUCCUCAGACCCCUGUGGUGGGUGAUGGUCAUUUAUUCUAUCUGUAUCCUAUUGUUAAUCUAUACAUAUCAGUUUGACAACAUGCCCGUAUACUGGCACAACGCUACUGGACUCUCAGAUCAGUGGCUAUAUAACCUUGGUCUGCGGCAGCACACCAAGGCAAGCCUGUUGAUGGAGCUCCUUACACCUACCACUUUCUCCAUCAUAGUAGUUGUCCAGUUGCAUUUCUUUCAUCGUCCAUUUCUGGCAAUGAUUGACAUACGUAAUGCCAGGAGCAACACCAAUGCUAGUACAGCAGCCAAGUAUCAGAGUAUCGAUGGGGCUGAUGACAUUCAUCAUGAUGCUGCUGCAACAGGCUCUAAUGCAGAAGCCACAGAAGGCCCAACGCUGGAAGAUAACCAGCCUACAAUGACCAGUGAACAUAGUACGCCAUCUCCUGUCGUACAACAGAAGUCUGUGUUAGUGACAUGUCUGAUUAAGGUUGUACAAUUCUACAAUGAAGUGACAGUGUUGCUAUGGAGACUUGGUGAGAUUCACAUGCCGAAACUUGUGAAUUUCAUUCUGAUAUGUGUGGUUGUCUACCAGGUGUGUGCAGUCAAUGCAGUUAUCAUCAUCCUGCUGGGCAUAUCCAUGCCCUCACGCAUGGUACAAAGAGCGUUAUCCUAUUGUUUUCUCAUAUGGAGCUCUCUAGUGAUACUUAGUAAGAUGAUCUACCAGCUCAGGUUUGUCCAGGCAGACUUAUUCCAGCACAACUGCACGGACAAGUCAUUACCAGUGCCAGCCAACAUUAGCCAUUUCACCAACAAUGCAUUAUGGGUUGGGUUUUACAAGACAGACGUCAUCUCUGAAGACAUUAAGGGUUACCUAUUUAUUGUCAUUGCUAUUGUAUUGCAAGCAGUCAUCAAACACCAUCAGAAACUUUACCGCAUAAGACGAGGCCUAUCAGAUCCUGAACAUGGUGUUCUCUUCAUGUCUGCCUCACGUAAAAAGGCUGAUGUAAACCUGAUUGAAUGCUUGAAAUACUUGGUCAACAAGUUCUUCUUCCACUUUGGAUGGGAGGUCUCUCUACUUGUCGUGGUGUACAACAUGGCAGUACGUUGUGACGUCACUUCCGUCAUCUAUGCAAUCUGGCUGGGAGUGUUUUUAGCUCUGGGGAGAAAGAACUGUGCAGUGGUUUGGCCGGUAUAUGUUGGUUUUCUAGCAUUUUUACUGCCAUUACAAUACCUGCUUUGUCUUGGCUGGCCACCUGGACUUUGUCUUGCCUAUCCAUGGACAAGAUCUCUUGAUCCUAACCUUGUUCACUGGCUGUAUCUUACUGAUGUCACGUAUCCACCAGAUCCUAGACUACUCAUAGGAGACUUCAUGCAGCUUCUCUUUGCAUGUUGCCAGGAAAACGUCUUCAGCCUUGAGCGUUAUUCCUGGUCAAGUGAAGAAGAACCAGCCCAGCCCAGCAACACCUCGAGACGAAGCAGUAGAAAUAAAAUCCACACACCUGAUUUUAUGUGGAACAUUACCUGGCUAGACUUCACUAAGUUGGUGCUGUUCCAACACAUCUACUGGAUUACCUUAGCCGUGGUCUACAUCACAGUACAGAGUACUAUCAGUAUAUUCAACAUUGGGUUUAUUCUCUGGUGUUUCUUCUUCUUAUGGCAUGGACAAGCGCUCUACUUAAAGCCAAAGAAGAAGCUUCUCACGCUCUGGAAAACAUUCAUCUGCUAUAACUACUUUAUCCUUCUUGCUAAAGUUUGUCUACAGGCUGUAUCGUGCGUCUGGAUGCAAGCUGUUCAAGACUACACAGGGUGCUGGCCCUUACAGCUGCUAAGCAUGUUCUGUCUCCGUGAUGCAGGCUAUCAAAACAAGAAGGCCAUAACUGACAGUGACUGCGUUGCCCCUGACGACACGGGACUGGCCAUGGACUGUGCUUGUAUCACCUUCCUGUUGUUCCAGUAUCGAAUCUUCUCGUCGGAUUACUUCCGUCACGUUGUAAGAGACCACAAGGAACAAUCUGAUAUGGCUUCUAGAGGUGCUGAGCUUGUUAAUCUACACUUACGAAAGCAACUGGACUCCAAGGUCCUGGAAGACAAGCAGAAAAUGGACAGAAUAAAAAGAUCUGUCAACAAGUUGGUAGAAAAACUCUCCAAACUUCACCCAGCUGGAGUGGAGUAUGCACCACAGUCACAUUAUGAAGCAAUAUAUUCUGGGGAUUACUACUGGUUCGAUUCUGAUUCAGAGAGUGAUUCAGAGGCUGAUAGUCCAUCGGUCAGCCCUAUCCAUGACAGUAGAGGAAGCUCCUCUUCUGACGAGGAGGAAAAACCAUCAACCAGUCAAGAUGCCGAAUCUGGUCCCUCAACUUCCGGUAGACCUGUAUCCCGAACCGGAAGAGAAUCCAUCGGCUCCACCUCGAGCAUCGCCGAUUACGUCAACGUCCCAACCCCCGAACCUUCCCCGGCCGUAGUCGAACCAGAAGGACUGGUGAAUAAAGUGAAGCGAUGGUUGAGUUGGAUUUAUUAUUACAUAGCUAUGGUAGUGGACAGUGUUAUCAAAGUGUUGAGAGAGAUAUCCAAGAAUUAUCGCUCAAUUGCUGAUCAACUGAAGAAAGAAAGAAAGGAAAAACGAAUCGAAAAGCUUCGAAGAAGUAGACUAAGCCAUCUGCACCCCAAACCGACCUACACGGAGACCUCAUUUUCUGAUACUCUGGGUGAGACUAAGCACCACUCAACAAAAGGUAAUACAGACGAAGAAUACGACUCAUGGUCAAUGGUGGACCUUGAAGAGACAGACGCGCCCAACUGGAAGCACUCGCAAAUGAGAGUAGCGAGAUUCACUGUUGCCUUCGUGUACGCUCUACUGGCACACACCGAUAUCAUCUGUUAUAUGCUGAUGAUACUCAACCAUAUGGUGUAUGCCUGCUUGCUGUCCAUGCCUCUUCCUUUCCUUGUCUUCAUGUGGGGGAUGUUAUCUAUACCACGCCCUACUAAACGAUUCUGGAUCACCGUUAUCACCUAUACUCAGGUUGUCAUAGUGAUAAAGUAUCUGUUUAAGUUUCCAUUCAUCGAGUUCAACACGUGUAACGGUAAAGACGGCGGAGACAAAGAUGAUCCACUCUGUUACCCAAGGAUUAUUGGCAUAGAACGAGUUACCCAUACCUCGGCCUAUGACCUACUGUUGUUACUGGCCUUGUACUUUCAUAGAUACUCUCUCAAGGUUCACGGUUUAUGGCGAGACAAGGCAGUAGGCGCAGAUGAUGCAGAUGAUACCCCAGUCUCACCCAUGUCUCCUAACGAUGAAGAGCAGUUAGGCUUUGAAAGACACCCAUCUAGAGCAUCUACCACGGCUACUGACAAUUCCCAGGAUCAUGAUGGUGAAACAUUAUGGAACAAGAUCGUUAGAUCAGUGAGAGCCUUCUUGCAUCGUAUUUACGACCCUGAAACUGGUUCAGGUGCUGUAGACGUGUACGCCAUGAUGUUUGCCUGUCAGUUUAUCAUCUUCAUCAUCAUUUUGUUCAGCUGGUCUGCAUUCUCGUCACCCGAGCCUCAACGACAAGCUCAAUUCGUUAAAAUUGUCGAAGAAAAUGUGGUUCCCAAGACGUUCCUGUACAUGUUGCUGACACAGUUCAUCCUCAUUAUCUUGGACAGAUGUUUCUACUUACGGAAGUACGUGUUCGCCAAGCUGUUCUACUUGCUGUUUCUCGUGGUUGCCUUCCAUAUCUUCAUGUUCAUCAUUGUGCCUUACGUUACUAAGAAUCCAUUCUACAAAAACAUCCCUGCCAUCUUCAUGUACAUCUUUAUGUGCAUGUAUUUUGGUCUGUCAGCCUAUCAGAUCCGAAGUGGAUACCCGACAAGGAUUCUGGGAAACUUCCUCACUAAGAGCUACACUCUAACCAGUGGGGUCCUCUUUCAAGGUUUCCAGGCCAUCCCGUUUCUCCUGGAGCUUCGUAGCGUUCUUGACUGGGCGUGUACAGACACUACACUGAGCUUGUACCACUGGCUUAAGAUGGAAGACAUCUAUGCUAAUAUCUAUGUACUGAAAUGCUAUAGGGAAUCAGAAAAGACGUGGUUCCAAGCACGAGGUCAAAAGUACUGGAUACUCAGUAAAUGUACACUGGGUGGUCUACUGAUCAUGUUACUAGUGCUGGUCAUAUGGUUCCCGCUGUUGCUCAUGUCUUAUAUCAACUCUGUAUAUACUAGUAACCCACCACAAGACGCUACCUUUACUUUAUCUAUCGGUGGAUAUCAGCCACUGUUUAGAGUGAGCGCGCAAGAUCAGUUUUUACAACAACUAAACGACAGUCAAAUAGAGAAAAUCAAGCAAAGAAAUCCAGGGAAAGGUUACCAUAAACAGCAAAUCGACUCGUUUCUUCGUGACUAUCGUGAGCGUGGCACAGUAGAACUAGUUAUGAUCACUGGUAACUCCAGCUCGAUCUGGCAGAUCAGCCCUCCGUCACGUGAUCUUAUGGUGCACGACCUCUUGGGUGAGAAGAAUGUCACUAUGAGAUUCAAGUAUGAGUUUACAAGGGAGCCCAAAACUGCAUUGGUGCAGGAGACGAUAUCAGGACAGACGCUGAUACCUCUGGACUCUACUACUCGAAGGCAGUUUGCUGAUAUGUUGAAUGGUUCAUUUGGUGGACAAGAAAUUGUAAUCAAAGACAUGUUUCCCUCGUUCGUAAGUGUGCCAGGCAGCGGUUCGGCCACACCCAUAAGAGCCCUCUUCAAUGCCAGCUACGUCACGUGUGGCAUCAGGAUGCGGACGAUCGGGCCGCACGUGGAAUGGUGGGAGCUAACACAGAAAUCACCCAAACCACUAUUCGAGGAGAGUGUGCUGGAAAUGAUAACCUUCAAUGACCUGGUGCCGCCUCUACAUUUCUCAUUUUUUGCCAGCACAGG